UCCACUCCCUUUCUUGUUCUGUUGAGAGCAGUAGCAUAAAUUUGUUAGAAAUAGUCUUCCCCCUCUUUAUUUCUUUCCUUGGACUAUCUGAACCUGUAGAGGAUUUCACAGCAAUGUUAGACUGCAGUGACUACGUUCUAGACUCAAGAAUGAACAAUCCGUCAGAAACCAGUAAACCACCAAUGGAGAGUGGGGAUGGGAACACAGGCACACAGACAAAUGGCCUGGACUUUCAGAAGCAGCCUGUGCCCGUUGGAGGGGCAAUCUCUACGGCCCAGGCUCAGGCCUUCCUUGGACACCUUCAUCAGGUCCAGCUCGCUGGAACAAGUUUACAGGCUGCUGCUCAGUCCUUAAAUGUACAGUCUAAAUCUAAUGAAGAAUCUGGGGACACCCAGCAGCCAAGCCAGCCUACCCAGCAGCCUUCAGUGCAGGCAGCCAUACCCCAGACCCAGCUCAUGCUGGCCGGAGGACAGAUCACUGGGCUUACGUUGACGCCAGCCCAGCAGCAGUUAUUAUUACAACAGGCACAGGCACAGUUGCUGGCGGCUGCAGUGCAGCAUUCAGCCAGUCAGCAGCACAGCGCUGCAGGCGCCACCAUCUCGGCCUCCGCUGCGACGCCGAUGACGCAGAUUCCUCUUUCUCAGCCAAUACAGAUUGCACAGGAUUUGCAGCACCUGCAGCAGCUCCAACAGCAGAAUCUCAACCUGCAACAGUUUGUGUUGGUGCAUCCAACAACCAACUUGCAGCCAGCACAGUUUAUCAUCUCACAAACGCCGCAGGGGCAGCAGGGUCUCCUGCAAGCGCAGAAUCUCUUAACGCAACUACCUCAGCAAAGCCAAGCCAACCUCCUGCAGUCUCAGCCAAGCAUCACCCUCACCUCACAGCCAGCAACCCCAACACGCACAAUAGCAGCAACCCCCAUUCAGCCACUUCCGCAGAGCCAAUCAACACCAAAGCGAAUUGACACUCCCAGCUUGGAGGAGCCCAGUGACCUUGAGGAGCUUGAGCAGUUUGCCAAGACUUUCAAACAAAGACGGAUCAAACUUGGAUUCACUCAGGGUGAUGUUGGGCUCGCUAUGGGCAAACUCUAUGGAAAUGACUUCAGCCAAACUACCAUCUCUCGCUUUGAAGCCUUGAACCUCAGCUUUAAAAACAUGUGCAAGUUAAAGCCACUUCUGGAAAAGUGGCUCAAUGAUGCAGAAAAUCUCUCAUCUGAUUCAGCUCUCUCCAGCCCAAGUGCCCUGAAUUCCCCGGGGCUGGGGAUUGAGGGCUUGAACCGUAGGAGGAAGAAACGCACCAGCAUAGAGACCAACAUACGUGUGGCCUUAGAGAAGAGUUUUCUGGAGAACCAAAAGCCUACCUCGGAGGAGAUCACCCUGAUAGCUGAUCAGCUGAACAUGGAGAAGGAGGUGAUCCGCGUUUGGUUCUGUAACCGGCGCCAGAAGGAGAAAAGGAUCAACCCACCCAGUAGUGGUGGAACCAGCAGCUCUCCCAUCAAAGCAAUUUUCCCUUGCCCAACCUCACUGGUGGCAACCACGCCAAGCCUUGUGACAAGCAGUGCAGCUACUACUCUGACUGUCAACCCUGUGCUCCCUCUAACUAGUGCUACUGUCACUAGUCUGUCAGUCACAGGCACAACAGAAACCACCUCCAACAACACAGCAACCGUGAUCUCUACAGCACCUCCAGCUUCCUCAGCAGUGACUUCACCCUCUCUGAGUCCUUCCCCUUCUGCCUCAGCCUCCACUUCCGAGGCAUCCAGUGCCAGUGAGACCAGCACAACACAGACAACCUCUACUCCCUUGUCCUCCCCUCUUGGGACCAGCCAGGUGAUGGUGACAGCAUCAGGGUUGCAAACAGCGGCAGCAGCUGCACUACAAGGCGCUGCACAGUUGCCUGCAAAUGCAAGUCUCGCUGCCAUGGCUGCUGCAGCUGGACUAAACCCAGGCCUGAUGGCACCCUCACAGUUUGCAGCUGGAGGUGCCUUACUCAGUCUCAAUCCAGGGACGCUAGGCGGUGCUCUCAGCCCAGCUCUGAUGAGCAACAGUACGCUGGCAACUAUUCAAGCUCUUGCAUCUGGUGGUUCUCUUCCAAUAACAUCACUGGAUGCAACUGGGAACUUAGUGUUUGCCAAUGCUGGAGGUACUCCUAACAUCGUCACUGCCCCAUUGUUCCUGAACCCUCAGAACCUUUCUCUGCUCACCAGCAACCCAGUUAGCUUGGUCUCUGCAGCUGCCGCCUCCGCAGGGGCCUCUGGACCAGUCGCCAGCCUUCAUGCCACCUCCACCUCAGCUGAAUCCAUCCAGAACUCUCUCUUCACAGUGGCCUCUGCCAGUGGGGCCACUUCCACCACCACUACUGCCUCCAAGGCACAGUGAGCCAGGCUGAGCUGUGCUACCACCAGCCUGUUUCACUCUGCAGUGGGAUUGGCUGCCAGCUGGGUUUAUAAACUGAAAAAUGUGAUCGGCUUCCUCUCGCCAUGUUGCUGGGGACAAGGGAGAGAGACGGAAAAUAUAAAAACAAAACAGGAAGGAUUUAAAGCUGGGACAGACAUUUGCCUAAUUUUAUAAUAAACACUGUCUUUUCAGGAUCACUUCAUGGAUCGGAGAGCUUUCUAACCAAAAAUGUAAAAAAACAAAAAACAAAAAAAAAAAACAAAAAAAAAAAGUGAAAGGACUACUUAUCAUUUUCAGCAGUCACGACAAGUUAAGGUGGGUUAUCAACUCAAACAUAGGAAGGGGAUUUCUUAGUUCUUUUGGUCUAAAUAUCUUUUUUUUGUUUUUAAUUAUCAUUUUAUAGGUCUGUUGUACAGGCCGUUAUGUCAUACAAGGUGUUUAUAAUCGUAUCAAUCGUGUUGGGGGUUCCUUUCUUAACUGGUACAAUUUAGGCAGGCCUGUAUUACUGGUGUAUCUCUAUUAUUAUUAUGGUUGUUAUUAUUAUUAUUAUUAUUAUUUUAUAUAUAUGGUUUGGACGCAUUUGUCUUUGCUCCUGGAUUGUUUUCAGUGAGCUCCCACGCCAUGAGGAGGGGGGAGAGAGAGAGGGGAACAUAAGGAGGCUUUCUGUCCUAAUCUCCUGGGAGCGUUCCUCAGUUUCCUCAUCCUUGAACUUGUUUUACAGAGACUUAUACUGAGGUAUCAAGAGAGAUCAUUUUCACCACUUUUGCAGGAAUCUCAGUGUAGAGGCAGCAAGUUGUGUGCAAACCUCCAGGCUAGUCUUUGCUUUUGUGGUGAGGGAAGCAGAGAUAACUUCUAUACUGCAGAUCUCCUUCACCCAACUACUUAGGCUAAAAAGCCAAAAUUUUGCUCUAAAUUGCAUGUGCAUUGCUUGUAUUGACUUCAGAGAGCAGGAUUUGGCACUUAGAGCCCAGACUAUUUCAGACACCUGUUUUGGUGGUUCUACUGUAUUGUUAGGAUUUUGCCCCUUAAAAAAAAAAAAAAUCCUAGAAAUGCAAAGUUACCUGAGGACACCAAUAUCACUAAUAUCUAAAGGCAUCAACAAUCCAAGCUUCCUGCAAACUAACUUGGUACAGGAUUUUGAAAGAUGAAACUGGCUUCUCUAAUCAAAGGAAUAUUCCUUUGCAUGUUUUUUGUUGUGUACAGGGAGCUGCAUUGGAACAGCUUUCCAUUGUCAAGUGCUUCUAUCUACAGGGAUAGAUGUCAGGUCUAUUGGGACAGAAGUUGCUGCCAAUUUCAUGCCAACACAACCGUAAGAAAGCACUGUUGGCUUCCUUGCGCCUUUGUUCUAUUCGAAAUAUCUUGUAGGUUUCUUCACCACCACCUUGCUUGGUGCUUUGGAAAUAGGAGACAGUGACCAAUCAGCUGGAAUUGUCCAUCCUGAUGUGGGAAAUAGCACCAAUCUAGUCAACACUGGGACUUUGCACACAUCUUGGUGUUCUCGUGUGGUCUCUGAAGAGUGAUAUUGCUACCUUGAUCAAAAUGACAGUAAGCAUCUUGGACUAGAGACUCAGUGUUGGCUUGCUGACAUAGCUGUGUUUCCAGGGUUGUUUCCAGUCCACAUAGCAAGGAGCAUUUGAGAACAGAGAGCUUAUGAGAAUGGAUGAGGAAGAAUAGUGGGUUUCCAGAGGUUAGUGAUGUAUAUUCUUUAAUAUAUCAAUCGAAUAUUUGAACCAAAAAGAUUUCUGAAGAGAAGACUGGAUUGCUGCAAUGCAGUUCACUUUGAACUUUUCAUUCCUGUUGGAUUUAAAAGUUUCUGCCAUGUGUUUAAAACACAUUUACACUCAGCUAGGAAGGGUGUCACAAGCACCCCCUCUGGAUUUGGUUUGGUUUCUUUGGAGGGGGAUGGGGAUGUCACCAGGGAGUUUCAGGAUAGCAAGUUUAUGCAGCAGUUCUGUUCACUUUUGCUGAUCAUCAGGAGGGAUCUUGGAAUCUCUCACCACCUGAGAUCAAUAAGACAGGAACUUAAACUCAACAUACACUUUUGGGUCUGUGACCCUAGUGUGUGGGAUUUAUAUUUAUACUCAAAUGGCAGAAACUCUUAUCUCUUCUUCCCCUCAUGUUUUUCUCUGUUCAUGUCUGACUCUCUCCAUCUUCCUGUUUCACAGAUUAUUUAAAAUAAUUAUCCAUGAGAUUUCAAAACUAGUGAACUGCAAAGCAGGGAAACUAACAAAUGUCCGUCCACCAUUUUUAAUGUGUUCUUUGAUUUUUUUUGUUUUGUUUUUUAAAACUAAGCUUGAACCAAAGUCAAUUUCUAGCAAGCUGCUGUACUAAUGGACUAGUUUGUAUAAGUGCAGUUCAGACGCAGAGAGGCGAUAGAUGCUACUGACAAUUUCUUUUUCAUUUGUCUUGUUUUUUAUUAAUUUUAUAUAAAAGUUGCUGCUUGUUUUAAUCUUUUUUAGGGGGGGGAUUGAUAAUUUGUAUAUCCUUGGGGCAGACUCUUGAUUUUUUUUUAAAUAGGUUUUUUGUUUGUUUGUUUUUGUUUGUUUGGUAUGUACAUAGAAUGGCAAUGUCAGGUGAUUACUAAUCCAAGUGGUCCCCCAAUUCUCCACCCUACCAGUUAAAUAAAUCUAAAUAUUCUGGUGUGACUGAAGUCUCUGACUUCAGUCUGUGCAGAAGAUUUUAGGGCUAUAAAUAAUAUAGAAUAUAAAUUGCCCAUAGUGUAACAGCUUUGGAGCAGUAAAAGGUAUAGAUGGGUAUGAUUCAGGGAGGGAGAAGUGGAAGAGGAGAUGCUGGUUACCCACUAUGUUGGUCUAGAGGCCAUAGCAUUGACUGUAGUUUCGACCAAAGGAAAUAUCAGUCCCAUGGGACUUGUAGUCAGCCAAGUAAGAGGGCAGGAAACGCUGAAGCUACAGUGCUUGCACUUGGGUCUGAAAAUUCCCAGUCACCUUCAGACAUUCGUAAAAGUAAAAUGUACCAAAAGCCUUUUUGUUAAAGGGCAUUUGGAUGAUAUCCUCUCCACUGUAUCCUCUGUUUUCUGAUGGAUCUGAGACUGUGGGGUGCAUCCUGUGCAUUUAUCUAGGAAAUACAAAGAAUGUGGGCCUUAAAUCAGCAUCAGAACCUCUCUCCACAGUUCAAAGGGGCUGUGCCAUCAGUUGUCUGGAUGAUUUUUAACUUACCAUUCUUGUUGGUUUGUGGUUGAGAGGGGGGUGUGAUGCAUACAUAUCUGGAACACUAAUGCAGCUUGGAUGGUUAUUUAUUAUAAACAAAUUGUUUUUUCCUGAUUCCUUUUUCAUUGGUCACAUGGCUUUGGUGUGAGCACCUUAAAUUCUCCCUCCCUCAUCCUCUGCUACCCAAUCACCCUCUAAGGGGCCCAGACUCCAGAGAGCUUCUUAGUGGUUUUUUCUGAAAGAAACUGGAAACUUUAAGUAGCCACAUGUCCAGGGAGGUUUGGCUGAAAUGCUCUUCUUUUUGCCCUGGGGAACUGGCAGUAGAUUAUCAUAUCCUACCACACCCUCCGCUUCCCUCCCCCCCCCCCCCUUAGCUCAAGACUAGUAUGUUUUUAUUUCCUAUCAUAAGGUGUCAAUGUCUGAUUGUAGCCCUUUUGUUCAGUCGAUCUGCCUGGACCCUGCUCUUCACUGGUAGUCUUGUUUCCUCUUGUGAACGUUGGUCACCUCUACUAUUUUAGUUAAAGGAGAGAGGAGAAGAACCCAGAGAUGAGGUUGCAGUGGCAUUAUAUUUGCCUAGUAAGACUAUGCAUGCACACUCUUUCAGAACUUGAGAUGGAUGAAUGAUCGGGUAUUGGAAUGUAGUGGAAAUUGCUGUUUUAAACCUUAAUCAUGACUGCAACAGAAACUGAAGUGUCUACAAGGAGAUUCAGUAGUGAUUGGUGAUAUAUGGACUUUGAGAAUUAGAGACUGAAGAUUUAAGGAUUGGAGUGGAAAAGUAUUGUCCCACAGAUUCAAAAAUUAGCCAACAGCGGCUAAGGGCAUUAUUUUGCAGUUGAGGUCACUUUUUCACCCCAAAGGACAAUAGUUGACUCUUUAUAAUCCAAAAAUACAAGUCAAUAUAAAUGUCUUAGCAAAAAUGGUUUUCUUUUGCCCACAAAUGUCAUAGUCCUUGUCUUAAAUCCAUCACUGAGUGAACAAACUGUUCCUUUGUUGUUUUAUGGGAUUAUCUCUGAGAUUUUUGAAUUCAAUAGAAUUUCACACACACAGAUAACUAAAUUGAAAUAAAAUCAAAUCAGGCUUUGUUGGCCAGGGCUAGAAGAAAUUCCUUAAAGCCCUUGUACAUGGAAGGGAAAAUUGCAAGUUAUGUAGUGCAUCUUUCUCUUCCACAGCUCCAUAAAACUACAUAUAUGUAGGUGUCUGGCUUGUUUUCUCAUUUCCAAGCAUAUCUCAUGGUAGGUAAAAACUAGUGGAGCAGACCAAUUCACUUUAUCAUCUCCAAGGACAAUUAGGAUCUGUAUAUUAGGCCUGGGGAGGGACAUAUGUAUGAAGAAACACAAGAAAUAAACACCUUCCCGAAAAAGAUAUGGAGAAGGGGAAACACACGAAUGUUUCUUCAGGAAAAAGUCUUAAAAGGUAGUGGUCAUGUGAAUUUUGGUAGAGAACUCAUUCAGGUUUGGUUCAGACAAAUCUGACCCACCCAGUUGACCUCUGCCCCAGUAGUUAGGGGAUGAAAGAUUCAUGUGCUGUUCACACACAUGCACAUACUCACCCUUAGAUGGAUUCUCCUGACAAAUGUGAAUUUUGUGAGGAAUCCUAAGCCAGUUAAAGUAUUAGUUUCUUUACUGACUUGUUACCUAGUGUAUAUGCAGGAAUGCUACAUAUAAUAUGCAUGUGUGUGUAUGUUCAUGUGUGUAUGUAUACACAUGCCCUAUACCAGUUAGUACUGAGAUAUACUCCUUAUAUAAGAAAAAUCCUGGUUUAUAAUAAUUUUGUAUCGUACUCAGAGCCUAAGUACAAUAUAGUUUACAUGUAAAAAAUUGUUUUAAUUGGGAGACUCUUGACAACACAUCAUUGCCCCAGACCUACUCAAACAAAUCCUCUGCCUUCAAUAAGUAAAGUCACACAAAUUAAUUAAAAGCCAUAUCAGACCCCAAAAACCACUUUGCCAUGAAGCCCAUAACACUUGCGCUCUGAUGGACUAUCAGUGGGAAUACAAUGGAAAGUAGAGGAUCGUCAUAUGAAAAUGCUCUGCUGGUAAUACUGGACAUCUGUGUUCAAGUCACUAAUAAAACCAUCCAUCACAUUUUAUCAGUUGUGAUAGAGCCCAGAAAUGGAGACAUUCUCUUUACUAAUUUGAAUUGCAUACCCUUGUAGGCUUCAAAAAUUGCAGUUUUAAAUUUCAUCUGGAAGUGAACUGGCUGUUACGGCCAUAAUGGAGAGAUUUCUAAAGAAAACAUGCAGGAUGUGUGUAAUAUAUAUGUUAACUUAUUUGGAAAUGCAUUUCCUCAUUUGUUACCCCUUUUGGGAAACAAAUCUUGAUAUUAAUCUCAACAGAAGUAGGAACAAUAUAUGAGCUCAUGUUAUAAUGGCCUUCCAUUUGUGUUGAUUGAGCAUUCCACUGCCCCUCCACCCUCAUCCCUUUCUUGAUCUUCUUCCCCGUACAGCGUGGGAGGAGGUUAUUUUAGUCUAUAGAUUAAAUGAAAACAAAAUGUAACUUGGAUCUAUGGGUGGUGUCUUUCCAAUGGACUUCUUAAACAUCAAAGUAACUUGGGCAACUUAAAAAAAUAAAAGAGGAAUAAGAGACUCUCCUUGUGCUCAGGGGGCAACAGAGGAGUGUGUCUGUUACCAAAACAACUUGGGAGAAUUCUCCCUGCACAUCAGUAACAAUGAUUAGGUCAGUGAUAGUGAUUUCCUGUUUACUGCUACUGUUAUCACUGAAGAGUUAGAUUUUUGUUGUUCCUCUGUUGGUUUAAGUAGAAGGUACCCAGCAGUCCACUGGAGCAGAUUCCAUUUUUCCUCCUGAUUGAGGUGUUGAAAGUGCACAAGUGCUAAGUCCUGUGUGAAGCAUAUUCUUGGAGUAGAGUAACUAACAUUCAAUAAAACAAAGACCAUUUUUUUCAUAAAAGAACAGAACAUCUUUGCUCCAUUGUAGCUGGAGCCAUAUAAUGGAGGCACAAUUAAAACUACUUCUAAUUUACCUUAAUUGUCAACACCUAAUAUUUUACUAAAUAAAAUUGUUCUCUUUCCAAUUUGAAACCUUACUUUACAAAAUUGUCAGAAAGGAGCUCUUUUUGUAAUGGAAAUAGAGGCUUUGGGACAGACUAACUACUACAUCAGAUCCUAGCUAUUGAUGACAUUUGGUUAACAAAAUUGCAUUUCCAAUUAUCUUAUGGUUAUUCUUUGGGCAAAAUCCAAAAUGUAAACUCUUAACAUGUCCAUUUAACUGUAUUAGAGCCAGUUAAACUGAAUUCUACUGUCUUGAGGAAGAAUAGGAUUAUCUUAAGUUUGUAUCUGUGUGUGUGUCUACACAUAUAUAUUGAAAAUAAAUUUAGUUCUGUCUUAUAUACUCUCUCUUAUAGAUUGGACAUUAUCAAAGGAGGAAUCUGACUGGUGGAUGAAUACAUCCAUUAUAUAGUUAUUUAUCUCUAACCAGCCUUCUCCGGGUCUGUUAGCCAGUUGUUACAAAAAUAUGACUCAGAAAGUUGUUAAAACAAUUCACAGUUCAGGAAGUUCAGUUGCACUGGUUCUGCUCCUUAGAGGAAUCAAAAUCAACUCCCACUGAUGUCAGUAGGAGUCUCCCUUGCCUCCAGUGGGAGUUGAAUCAGAUCAUAGAGUGCCUUAGGCACUUGGCAGAGGAUCUCCUGUCUUACAGAGCAUUUCACAUGCAUAUGUCCUUGGUACAACCACCCUUGUUAAGAUACAGGCAUUGCACGUGGAUAUAGUGUCAUCUGCUCCUUUUUCUAAUCUAAUGCAAAUCUGUUGUUUGUUUGACUCAUGACUUGCAAAUUAUGUUCAGUAUCUUAUGUAUUGCCACCCAUUCAGAAUAGGAUCAGAUUCCAUAAACCUAAAAGCAGUUUAGGUCAAAGAGCAUUGGAAGGAAUGAAAUGUGUAUACACGUGCAUGCACCCAUAUAACUAUACAUACAGACAGUACAAUAUAAAAACAUGAUUCUCUUCUGACUUUUAUCAUCAAUGAGGAGGAUAAAUGGACUAAUUACCGCUUCCUGUGUGACUCUAUCCUGUCUAUGAUUAAGGUGGUAAUAGAGUUGAGCCUUCAUGUAUUCUUCCUGUCAGUUCGGUAUGUACACACACUCCUACUUUCAUCCCUAGUCAGUACAAUUCAGAUGUCAAUUUGAUUGCAUACUUGUACUAAUCCAAUUCUGUCCUCCUUUUUCUUUCUCUCAUAUGCAUACCCAUACCAUGAAUGAACAGACUACUUUUUCAUUCAUUCCCUUUGGACUCCAUCUGGAGGGUUUUAGAGACUGCAGUGGAACUAUAGAUAGUUUUGUCCUUGGGGAGGAGAAAGUAUUUGGUUUGACAGAAUAGAUUGGUGUGGUCAGGUAUGUCAAACACAUCAGAUAUGGCUUUUCUGACUAAAUUUCUGUUCAUGGAGCAUCUCCUGGGCUUUAUGCCAACACUUCCUGCAAAGCAUACUUUGCUUGGGUGAAUCUCCUUGGGAGACAUUUCAGUUCCUGUCCCUGAAUAAGUGGAGGGUCCCCAACUGGAAUAAUCUGGGUCCCACUCCUUCAGUAAGAGGUAGCACCACAGAGCUGUGAGAACAAUGCUUGUGGGUAGCAACUGGCUUCUGGCACCUUCAUAAAAUACCUCAGCAUAGCUUAGCAUUGUCACAUAACUGGUUUUAAACUGAAAAAUCAGAAGAGAAAAACAAACUUUAUAAAUAGUGGAGAUAAUUCUAGCUGUAGAGUUUAGUUGAACUGAUGUUUGUUAUGAUUAAUAAACAUGAUUAUGCUGUAUGUAUUUGAGAUCCUGUUGAUAGGUUACAACUUUAUAGGGUUG